AUGGCAACCACAAGCAGUGCUCUAGCAUGUUUGCCGCAACUCAGAGAAAGUUUCAAGCAAUACAGGCCAUGCGCAAAGGAGGUACAUCUGAAUGCCUUCCUGCUGGCGAUGGACAUAUCCUGCCUGCGGCAAGGCGAAGAACUGGUGGCGAUCCAUGAAGGAAGAACAUGGGUGGCCAGUGCGCCUGCUGAAGCAAAGCCUAUAUCUGUUUUUCCAGUCACUUUUCGUAGUGACUCGCAGGUUACGAUUAUUAUUAGCAAAGAGUUGCGGAUUCUUUACAGAAUCUCUGCAGCAUCCUUUUAUCACGGAUGCAUGGGCAAGCAUUUGGUGUGGAUGCUGUGGUCCUUGCUGGUCCCGACAGGAGGCCUUCAAAGCAUCUCUUGGAAGAGACGGCCCCACACUUGCGUGGAGCUUGUAGAAUGUAACCUGGUUACGAUUAUUAUUAGCAAAGAGUUGCGGAUUCUUUACAGAAUCUCUGCAGCAUCCAUUUAUCACGGAUGCAUGGGCAAGCAUUUGGUGUGGAUGCUGUGGUCCUUGCUCCCGACAGGAGGCCUUCAAAGCAUCUCUUGGAAGAGCUGCUGCAGGUUUGAUGGCCGGAAGCCAGCGAUCUGCUGGGAGUGCCUGUGGGAGUGCCUGUGGGACUACAUGGACCAAAAUCCAAUGCCGCACACGAUGCGAUUCGAACGCACGCGGGGAAACCUCACCGCCUUAGCAGGGCGGCGCCUUAACCACUCGGCCACAGGCCAGGAUGCCCUAUUCAUGAUUUGCAAGUUGACCAACAACCCGCAAGAAGCGUGCAUAAUACUCAAUGACUUAACAGCCGUACGCGGGAGCCUUGUACGACAGGGCAAGUUCAAGCCGUACGGCGAGCGGUUACGAUUAUUAUUAGCAAAGAGUUGCGGAUUCUUUACAGAAUCUCUGCAGCAUCCAUUUAUCACGGAUGCAUGGGCAAGCAUUUGGUGUGGAUGCUGUGGUCCUUGCUCCCGACAGGAGGCCUUCAAAGCAUCUCUUGGAAGAGGUGUGCAUGGGCGGGGUGUCAUGUGUAAUGUGAUGUUGGGGGACGCUGACGACCCCUCCGACCUGGUGUGUCUGAGGACCCGGAAACUGCAUUACGGCAACACGUUCAGUUACUCACGGGUCAAGUUCAUUUUGGGGCUUGUGCACGGCCUUGCCAACGGUGCACCUGUUAUGACCCCGACAGCGGCGGCGAGCUCUUCCUCCAGCGCAGCCGCAGAUCGGGUUGCUGCUGCUGCUGGCGGUGCUGCUGGCGGUGCUGCUGGCGGUGCUGCUGGCGGUGCUGCUGGCGGUGCUGCUGGCGGUGCUGCUGGUGGUGGUUCCUUAGGUGGUCUCAGCCCGGGUGUCCUCCUAUCCAGAGUUGAUAUCAACCUGAGUGCUGACGUGUUCGACAUCGUGCACGACGCCCAGCGCCCUUCUCUGGGAGAUCCACAGAUAUAUCAGGGAUUCUUACAUUGA